GAAAGUGCUGGGAUGAUAGAAGAAUUGCAUCCCCCUCUACCCCAAAUAGAUCUUCCACAACCCCCACCCCCUGGGGAAGAAUCGCAGAUAUCGGCGACGUCACGCAUCAUACCUCUGAUGGAUGUUGUAAGUCGCUGCUAUAAAACCUGGCUUCCAUACAACCCUUUUCAUAAAUAUAUGGCUGCCGAUUAAAAAUUCUUUUAUGUGCAUAUAAAUUGGUUAAUUGGCCCAACUAGCCUCGUACUCACGUUAAGAUUUCAAAGGAAUUUCUACCCAGAAACGAGGCUAGUUGGGCCAAUUUACUUCGUAUUUCGAUUUACCGUUUCAGCGCUUUAAUUUCCGGUAAUUGUUUUCCCGUUGAAACAUACACAUUUCUAACGGUCAAUGUCAAUGUUACUAAGUGAAGUCUAGUGGUCUUUGUCCGCUGUUUUCUUGUCCGUUGUUUAUCAUUUGUAAAUGUAACUGUUAUAUUCGUGUUUAUCUCGUCUUUGGCAACAUUUUGAUAUAUAAUUUACAAAGCUUUGUGGAUCAUUUCAUGUUUUUAUUGAUAUUUUGGAAAUUGUAGCUUAUAAAAGGCUUCAAAAUUAUUUACUGGCCUUUUAUACGCUACAAUUUCCAAAAUAUCAAUAAAAACAUGAAAUGAUCCACAAAGCUUCGUAAAUUACAUAUCAAAAUGUUGCCAAUGACGAGAUAAAUACGAAUAUAACAGUUACAUUCACAAAUGAUAAACAACGGAUAAGUAAACAACGGACAAAGACCACUAGACUUCACUUAGUAACAUUGACAUUGGCCCUUAGCAACUUGUUCGUUUUAACAGAAAAACAAUCACUGGAAACGGAAGCCCUGAAACGGGAAAUCGAAAUCCGCAGUAUAUGCACAUAAAAGAAUUUUUAAUCGGCAGCCAUUUAUGAAAAGGGUAUAUACGGUUGUAGCUUUCGCGAACCUGUCGUGAAGGGUUUGUCGUGAAUCGGUGAUUUUUACGCUUGUAAAAGUCGCUUUUCAACGCGCGGUUUCCAAGUUCGUUGCAAACUUGUUCCCAAGUUCGUUGCAAACUUGUUCCCAAGUUCGUUGCAAACUUGUUCCCAAGUUCGUUGCAAACUUGUUCCCAAGUUCGUUGCAAACUUGUUCCCAAGUUCGUUGCAAACUUGUUCCCAAGUUCGUUGCAAACUUGUUCCCAAGUUCGUUGAAAUUAACAAUUCAGUGGAAAGUUGUUGGUCCAGUGGUACGGUGUCCCGUUAUAAAAGGACAUGCUUCUUCCGUAGAAAAUCACGUUCGUUCUGUGUACUUGAAGUAGUUUUCCUUAAUAACAGAGCGUUUCUGUAUAAAUGUGCGGCGUUUCCCUCGAAAAUUCAGACGACUUCCGCAGAAAUAUACUUAGGCGCUUUCUGUACAAAUGUAGACUUCUUCCGUACAAAUGUAGAUGCCUUCCAUAGAAAUGUUAUACAUGCCUUCCAUAUAAAUGUAGACGCCUUCCGUGGAAAUCUAGCCUGCGUAGCAGGCGUUUAGUAACGACGCCCUCUCUUCUCCCGCCCGCACUAAACGCCUGCUACGCAGGCUAAUUUUUACGUCUUGAUACAACGGCUGCAUUUCAAGAAAAAAAAUCGAAGAUCAACGAAUGUCUCUAUGUCCACCGGGGCCUAUUUGUCUGUUUGUUUGACUGUCUGUUUGUUUGCCUGUAUAUUUGUCAGAUCUCCGUUUUCAAAAGCAAGAACUUCUUUUUCAAAUGUCAAAACUCUGUUUUCAAAUGCCAGAACUCCGUAUUCAAAUGCCAGAACUCCGUUUCAAAUGCCAAAACUCCCUUUUCAAAAUGCCAGAACUACCUUUUCAAAAGCCAAAAGCUCCGUUUUCAAAUGCCAAAACUCCGUUUUCAAAUGCCAGAACACCGUUUUCAAAUGCCAAAACUCCGUUUUCAAAUGCCAGAACUCAUCUUUCAAAUGCCAAAACUCCGUUUUCAAAUGCCAGAACUCCGUUUUCAAAUGCCAAAACUCCGUUUUCAAAUGCCAGAACUCCGCUUUCAAAUUCCAAAACUCCGUUUUCAAAUUCCAAAACUCAGUUUUCAAAUGCCAGAACUCCGUUUUCAAAUGCCAGAACUCCCUUUUCAAAUGCCAGAACUCCCUUUUCAAAUGCCAGAACUCCGUUUUCAAAUGCCAGAACUCCCUUUUCAAAAGCCAGAACUCCGUUUUCAAAUUCCAAAACUCGGUUUUCAAAUGCCAAAACUCCGUUUUCAAAUGCCAGAACUCAUCUUUCAAAUGCCAAAACUCCGUUUUCAAAUGCCAGAACUCCGUUUUCAAAUGCCAAAACUCCGUUUUCAAAUGCCAGAACUCCGCUUUCAAAUUCCAAAACUCCGUUUUCAAAUUCCAAAACUCAGUUUUCAAAUGCCAGAACUCCGUUUUCAAAUGCCAGAACUCCCUUUUCAAAUGCCAGAACUCCCUUUUCAAAUGCCAGAACUCCGUUUUCAAAUGCCAGAACUCCCUUUUCAAAAGCCAGAACUCCGUUUUCAAAUUCCAAAACUCGGUUUUCAAAUGCCAAAACUCCGUUUUCAAAUGCCAGAACUCAUCUUUCAAAUGCCAAAACUCCGUUUUCAAAUGCCAGAACUCCGUUUUCAAAUGCCAAAACUCCGUUUUCAAAUGCCAGAACUCCGCUUUCAAAUUCCAAAACUCCGUUUUCAAAUUCCAAAACUCAGUUUUCAAAUGCCAGAACUCCGUUUUCAAAUGCCAGAACUCCCUUUUCAAAUGCCAGAACUCCCUUUUCAAAUGCCAGAACUCCGUUUUCAAAUGCCAGAACUCCCUUUUCAAAAGCCAGAACUCCGUUUUCAAAUUCCAAAACUCGGUUUUCAAAUGCCAAAACUCCGUUUUCAAAUGCCAGAACUCAUCUUUCAAAUGCCAAAACUCCGUUUUCAAAUGCCAGAACUCCGUUUUCAAAUGCCAAAACUCCGUUUUCAAAUGCCAGAACUCCGCUUUCAAAUUCCAAAACUCCGUUUUCAAAUUCCAAAACUCAGUUUUCAAAUGCCAGAACUCCGUUUUCAAAUGCCAGAACUCCCUUUUCAAAUGCCAGAACUCCCUUUUCAAAUGCCAGAACUCCGUUUUCAAAUGCCAGAACUCCCUUUUCAAAAGCCAGAACUCCGUUUUCAAAUUCCAAAACUCGGUUUUCAAAUGCCAGAACUCCGUUUUCAAAUGCCAGAACUCCGUUCUCAAAUGCCAGGACUGUGUUUUCAAAUGCCAGAACUCCGUUUUCAAAUGCCGGGCUAACUGCAAAAAAACUAAAUAUACAGGCAUGAUUUCCAAUUGUGGCACAAUCGGUCAAUCACUAAUUGUAAUUUAUUGUGUAUAAAUUCUAGAAGCCAUAUGGCUAUUUUCAUGAUUAUGGGAGUCUGUGGUGGGGCGGUCCAGAGUUAUCUCAUGCUACACAGCCGUACUUUACAGAACAGUCUGCCACAAUUCAUGAAAGUAAGGUUUACGUUAUAUACUUUAUCAGUUCUAAACUGUUCUCCCUAGAGGUCCAGAAAGGAUCAUCUUUUAUUGAUCCAGUGUUACUACAGAAGGAAACCUAAACUAAACUAACUUUAUUUAUACUGCAUAGCGCUAUCAGUUCUAAACUGUUCUCCCCGGAGGUCCAGUAAGGAUCAUCACUUAUUGAUCCAGUGUUACUACAGGAGGAAACCUAAAUUAAACUAACUGUGUUUAUACUGGAUAGCUCUAUCAGUUCUAAACUGUUCUUCCUAGAGGUCCAGUAAGGACCAUCUCUUAUUGAUCAAGUGUUACUACAGGAGGAAACUUAAACUAACUUUAUUUAUACUGGAUAGCUCUAUCAGUUCUAAACUGUUCUUCCUAGAGGUCCAGUAAGGAUCAUCUCUUAUUGAUCCAGUGUGACUACAGGAGGAAACCUCAACUAAACUAACUUUAUUUAUACUGGAUAGCUCUAUCAGUUCUAAUGCGCUCAAUUUUUCAAUUCUGUGUUCAGGUAUUCACAGAGCGCACGAAAACACAGAAAUACGACCAAAUGAAAACAAUACCACUCAAACUUUGGAGCAAAACUCUCUCAAUUUAACCCAGCAAGCUGAUUUAGAAGUCGAAGACGAAGCGAGUGAAUUAGCUUUAAGAGAACAAUUGUUAAAGUCAAUGGUCACCAAACGCGCCGCAAAGAAUGCUGGGAAGGUUAACGAAAAGAGUGCCGCGGCAUCUGUAGCGUCGCCUAGCAACAGCCGUGCUCCAUCGCCAUUCGCGGAGCCUGGUACGAGGAAGGGACUACAAGAGGUUGUAAAGAAUGAGGCAACAAAGGCCGCUAAGGUACAGUAUACGUGAAUGGACCUAUUCCCUAAUGAACAAAAUUUUGAUCUAGACAAGUCUAGACAAAAAUUUCAUCACAGCUUGAAAGAGCAUCACAAAAUUAGUAGUAUUCCAAAGUUUCGUUGCGAAAUGUUGUAAAAUGCGCAUAAUAUAGCCCUGCGAAGUUUGCCAUUUUUCAGUCAUUUUGUAUUACGCACGGGAAAUUGAUAUACCGCUUUCUGAAAAAAGGUAUCAAUUUCCCGUGCGUAAUACAAAAUGACUGAAAAACGGCAAACUUCGCAAGGCUGUAUUAUCCGCAUUUUACAACAUUUCGCAACGAAACUUCGGAAUAUUACUAAUUUUGUGAUGCUCUUUCAAGCUGUGAUGAAAUUUUUGUCUAGACUUGUCUAGAUCAAAAUUCUGUUCAUUAGGGAAUAGGUCCAUUGAC